AUGGACGAGCCGAUCGAGAUUCUCGGUCAACUCCCAAACCUCAACAUUUACACUCAAAUCGCAAUCUGUUUCUCAGCCACAGAAGAACAUUCAACCUCAAAAAUUAUCAACACUCUCACGAAUGGCCUUGAGAGGCUCGCCGCGACAUUUCCAUGGAUCGCUGGACAGGUUGUCAAUGAAGGCGCAAGCGCAGACAACACAGGCGUCUUUAAAAUCAAACAACAUGAGGCGGCACCGCCUCUGGUCAUCAAGGAUCUACGGGAUGACGUUUCGGCGCCGACGAUGCACGCCAUGAAGCAGGCCAACUUUCCCUUCAGCAUGCUUGACGAGAGCAUCGUCGCUGCUCGCCCGACGCUGCCCAUCGACCCGACUCUGGCUGGCACACCUAACCCGGUCUUCAUCGUCCAGGCCACUUUCAUCAAAGGCGGUCUCAUCCUCACAUUCCUUGGUCAGCAUCAGACUAUGGAUGGGAUUGGUCAGGGCCAGAUCAUCGAUCUCCUGUCGAAAGCGUGUCAAAACGAGUCUUUCACCGAUGAGGAGAUCGCGACCGGAAACCUACCCCGUCACAACAUCGUUCCGUUGCUGGACAACUACCAACGAGGCCCCGAGAUUGAUACAAUGAUCGUGACGCCUCCGGUAAGACCUCCAGCAGCACCUGCAAAAUGCAGUUGGGCCUAUUUCGACUUUGCCGCUAGCUCUCUCUCAACCCUGAAGUCAGCAGCCUCUGAAACGGUCAAGUCAGGAUAUAUAACAACAGACGACACCCUCACCGCCUUCGUCUGGCAAGCUGUCUCUCGCGUUCGCGCAUCACGUCUAACCCCUGAAGAGGAAAUAAAAAUUGCACGAGCCGUCAACGUGCGGGGCUACCUUGGCGUCCCUCAAACAUUCCCCGGUAUGAUCCAGAUCAUGACCUACAACUCGUCCCCUCUCAAGGACCUUGUUGACGGGCCCCUUGGAAAAGCGGCAUCGCAGCUACGGUCAACAGUGAACCCUGAAGCUUUGAAUUAUGCUACACGCGCAUUCGCGACGGUUCUUGACCAAUCUCCCGACAAGAGAAAUUUGUCCUUAAUCGGGACAUUUAGUCUAGAUAGGGACAUCAUGCUGAGUUCCUGGGCGAAGCUUGACCUGUACGAGCAGGAUUUCGGUCUGGGGCUGGGACAGCCCGAGUCUGUCAGGAGACCGCAGUUCACGCCAGUGGAGGGCCUGUUAUAUUUGAUGCCUAAGUCACGGGAAGGUAGCAUCGCGCUAGCGAUUUGCUUGAGGGACGAGGACAUGGCCAGGCUCAAAGAAGAUGAAGAGUGGUUGAAGUAUUCAACGUAUAUAGGCUAG